AUGGUUUCCGGACGCUUCUUCCUUCUCGGUGCUCUCGCCCUCGGCCAGAGCGUGCUAGGCAUGCCCGUCGCCGACGCCGACUCCGGUGCCUCCGACAUUCUCUCCAGCAUUCACACCAUCAAUACCGGUGUCUCCACCAUCAACUCCACCCUGAGUGACUUUGCCGACAACGGUUCCGUGACCACAACCGCUCUCAAGAUCCAGAGCGAGGCCACCGACCUUCUUAACGAUAUCAAUGAUGGAACUACGGCUGCUGGAAAGGUUUCCAACCUUGACUCGGACGACCAGAACACUCUGUACUCUGCUACGGAGUCCCUGUCGACUAAUGUCUUCUCUUUGAUUGAUGGAUUAGUCGCUAAGAAGGCUGUCUUUCAGAAGGCUGUUCUGGGUGGCUCCGCUGAUGGCCUCGUUGAGCAGGAUCUUGAGAACCUGAAGAAGGCUACUGAUAGCUUUGGUCAGGCUAUUAUAAAGAAUCUUUCUGGUUCUGUUAAGCAGAAGGGCCCUGCUUUGCUUAAGAAGAUUGAUGAGCACUUCUCUACUGCUAUCAAGGACUUCUCUUCUUAG